UUGACAUUCGAAAUAACUUUGUUCGUCUAUCUUUUUUUCGAGUGCAAAUAAUUCGAUAAAAUAAAUAUAAAAUGCAUUAUGCUAAAUGGGAUCCUGAGGCCGUGUUGCGUGAACAAAAUAAAUCUUUUAAUAGAACGCGCAAAUUCGCUUUGGCCUUUUGGAAAACGUUGAACAUACAAAAGUCGUAUAAAUUGCAUUAUGUCAAGAUCUUUCUGAUUUCGCUGGUUUUCCUUCCCAUUCUCGUGCUGCUGCGUGGCUUGACUAUACCGAAGGUGGAGAACAAAGUGCUGCACGAUCCCGUGAAUAUCGAUAGUCUGGAUAAAAUGCACGAGACGCUGGCCCAAUUGCAGCACAAUUCAAGUGAGUUGUUGAUCAUGAAAUUGUAUUAUACGCCCAGGUGCAAACCAUGUGACAACAUCAUUGCUACGACUGUGGAGAAGUUGAAGUUGGAUGGUUACGAUCAUGUUGCCGAUGACAACGAAAUGGAGUUGCGCAUGCAGCAGACAAAUUACCUGGCGGGUGUUAAGUUUCUGGGAAUGGAAAAGAACACCACUGAGCUGCCCAUUGUCCUUGAUUACGAGUUGCGAUUUCCCCCUGUGCUACGCACUUCGCCUGAUCCCAAGAAUCCACUGCUCUGGGGUACCGAUAACAUAUAUUCACAGGCUUACAAUCCUAGUGGUGAGGAGCACAGAUCAAAUUACACAGGCGUUCCUCCUGGCUACUUCGAAGAAGGUUUCGUUCAGCUGCAGCAUGCGAUUGCCAUGUCUUUCCUCGAGCUAAAGUCGGGCCAUAAAGAUCUCAGCAAGAUGGUUAUACCACAAAUACAAAUGGUCAGCUUUCCGACGCGAAGACAUGUGCGUGACGAGUACCUCACGCAUCUGAAGAUACUGCUGCCCCUCACCAUACUUUUCACCUACGCAUUUCCCAGCAUUUCCAUCGUCAAGGCGAUUACCGAUGAGAACGAACGCGGCAUAAUGAAAAUGAUGCGCAUCGAGGAGCUGAAUUGGUGUGCUUGGUUCUCGAUCAUAUUUUUAUCGCAGGUGACUGCAAGUCUAAUUAUACUGCUCAUUUUAUCACCUUCCUAUGGUUCUCAUGCCAUCUUUGAGUACAGCAAUUGGGUAGCUGUGUUCUUCUUUCUCGUCUGCUAUGUUUUCGCCAAUUGCAGUUUUAUACUCAUGAUCUCGGUGGUCGUUGUGCGCAAGAGCAAGAAUGCGAGAUAUGCGCUAAUGAUGAGACUGAUUACAAUUGCUCCUUAUACAUUUAUGUUGGUCUUUAGUCAUAAGUUGCCCAUGAGCUACAGUCUGUUGGCCUGUUUAUCGCAUGACACUGGACUCGCAAUUGGUUUGAAUAUCAUUUUAGAGUUUGAGAGUAGCGGCGAAGGAUUCGCUUGGAAGAACUUUCGUAAACCGCAUUUUGCUGGCGAUACUUUGUGCUGUUCACAUGUCUGUGGCAUGUUGCUGCUGGAUUCGGUCAUUUAUAUGUUAAUCCUCAUUUAUCAACACUAUAAAAAUCCACCGGAGUUGUAUGUGAUGCAAGUGGACAAGCAAACUGUGGCAAAGAAAUGGUAUUACCCAUUAAAAGCUUUAUAUGAACACCUCAAGAGGCAAAAGGAGAAGGGUCCGUUGCUUAGCAGAUUUCUCUGGUUUCUCGUUGUGCAUCUCACUGUGCAUGAGGAUGAUCUGUAUGAAAAUAAAGAUGCAGCCAGUGUCGAGCACAUUGGCGAUAAACGUAAUCAAACUGUGCGUCCCAGCAAUAUGGUGGAUGUUGGCACAAUGACAACGCGACGACUUAAUCCAGCUUCCACCUCGGAUAAGGACUUGAAACAGAACUUUAGAUCAACAGGCUCAACCAGAAUUCAACGAGAAGCUGCCCACAAACGCAGAGUUGCCAAUGAGCCACCGGACAGCUCAUCGAGCUUUGAGAGCAUUAAAGGACAGCCAGAGCGUCUGCAUGCUUGGAGUUCGGUGGAUGAAAGUUCAUUCAGCAGCGUUGAACCUGAAUCGUUGCACUCCUUUGAUUUUCGGCGGCAUGAAAAACCAGACGAGAACCCGAAAGCGAUUGUUAAUGAGGAGUUGUUUGAUAACAACAAGGGCAUUCAGGUGUUGCAGGUAACAAAAACUGUUGGCGAUACAGAUUACUUAAAUGACAUCACGAUGAUCAUACAUCCGAAUGAAAUAACCGUGAUACUCAAUCAGAAAUGCGAUCACAAUAAUAUGCUGCUCAGUCACAUCAUCACAGGGGAUGUGAAAAUGUCUUCGGGUCGCGUCAUCAUCGAUGGCAACGAUGUACAGAACUAUAAGGGAACGGAUACCUUGUGCACUAUCUUGCGAACAGAUAGCAUUGUCUUCAGUCAGUUGACCACGAUCGAGAAUCUUUACUUCUAUAUGCAUUUGCGUGGCAUGCGCAACUAUCGUCAGAUUGUGCGUGAGACACGCAAAUAUCUUUCACUGCUUAAAAUGGACAUUGAUGAGGCGGAAUGUUUGGCCGAUAAUAUGAGUUUUGGCCAAGCGCGUUGCUUGAGUGUUUGCUGCACUUUGUGCGGCGGUAAUCAUGCUGUCAUCAUUGAGGAUCCGUCGCAGGGUUUGACUAGUCAAUGGAAAUAUCGCAUGUGGGACUUACUUAAGCAUGCGGGACUCUCACGGGUGCUUAUUGUGAAUACUUCGUAUUGUGAUGAAGCUGAGUAUCUGGGCGAUCGCAUUGCUGUUGUCUAUUGUGGUCUCUUGCAGUGCUAUGAUCGUAAUUUGAGUCUGCAUGAAAAGUUCUGCAACAAUUACAGUUUACUUGGCGAUGUUGUGUCGGGCACCAAAGCACAGGAUUAUGAAUUUAUGACGUUGUUGCGGCAGUAUUUUCCUAGCAAUGCUGUGAUAAAAAGUUUACCCAGUUCGGGUAAAUUAGAUGUUACAUUGCCCAUGGGAAAUGAUCUUCGACUGGCCGAUCUUCUCGAUGACUUGCAUCAAAGGAGCACUACCAUGGGCUUAGGACGUUUAUGGGUGAAGGUGCAAACAUUGCGAGAUGUUUUUAUGAAGGAUUUUUCAGAUAUCUCCGAUCAGAUUGAUGUGGAGGUCAUGAAUGAAGAGCUACAACGCUGCUUCCACAGUGAAGUCACCGAGGAGGAUGAAUUCAAGCGCACUUGUCUGCAAUUUGGGGCCUUUAUGCACAAGAAAAUUAUACAAUUGACACGUUUCUAUUGGCUACCCAUUACUAUAAUCGUGCUGCUUUCCGCUUGUGUCUUUUUCAACUGGCAAAGCUCGCACUUUUCGCAUCUUCCGCGUGUGAAUAUCACGCUUACCACUUAUCCAGAGACUGUGGUUCUGAUGAAGCGUACGGAUUUGAGCGAACAGAUGGUCACAUAUUCCAUAACUAAAGGCUAUGAGAAGCAUCAUCGUCGUCUCAGCGAUCGUGAUCAACACGAGGAUCAUGUGUUCACCUAUUUGGUGGGUAGGCGAGAAUUGAAACCUUAUUUGAUCUUCUUGCAAAUGAUAUCCAUAUUGCGUGUGGCCACAUUUUAUGUGGUUGCUGCCGACGUCAGUCCCGAUUCGAUAUUGUGUUUCUGGAACAACAAAUUGGUGCACGCGGCUCCGAUUUCAUUGAAUAUGAUGCACAAUGCCUUGGCUAUACAUUUGAUUGGACCGCGAUCGGAAAUACGACUGGCCAAUCAUCCCAUCACGUUUUCCAACAAACUAAUACUCGAACAGUACAACAUACACUCGGGGAUGGUGUUGGGUUUGGGCAACCUGAUCAUCUUGGUGUUGUGUGCGAGUAUUGCUUUGAUGGUGGUGCCUUUGAUAUCAGAAUUCACUACAGGCAAUCGGCGUGUUAUCUACUUGAGUGGCAACAAUAUGACUAUGUAUUGGGUGUCGCAUAUGCUGGCUGAUAUGUUUGUCUUUACAGUCGUAAUUAUCUAUCUCGUUGUGCUGCUGGUUGUGCACGAUAUCGUGGUUAAUGCGGAUAAGCGGAAUUAUGACGAUGGUCUCUUUGUGUUUAACAUGUUCCUGGUGCUGUUUCUCUUUGGCAUGGCUGUAUUGCCAUUUGUCUAUUUGAUCGCGGCGCUCUUUGCGCGUAUCUUCUUUGGAUUCAUGGUGACGUUGUUUAUUCUGGGCGGUAGCAGCGUACUGAUCAUGCUGGUCAUCCAAUUGACUGAGCUGCGUGGCUCCGAGUUUAUCUACACGUUCUUCUUUUGGUCAUCCACUAUGAAUAUGUAUCGUGGACUGCGCAAACUGCAUGUGAAUCGCGCUCUGCGAAGAGCUUGCGAACAGUUGGGCGGCUGCAAAUUUGAGGCUGCGUGUUGCCAUCUGGCUGGCUAUGCGGACUAUGAAUACCCGGGCAUCAUGACGGAGCUGGUGUUGCUUGUGUUGCAGCUGUUUGCUUAUGGCUAUCUGUUGGUCGUCAUUACGAAGCAUCCGUUUAUUGUCGAGGAUUGGAUUUGGCGCAUACGACAGCGUUAUAAGCGAACAGCGCGAAGUUUCAGCAAGACAAUAACGUUAUCCUUCCAUGAUGUUUCGGAUGAGCAUGAAAAAGUUGAUCAGUUGAAUUCGUAUGAGAUGAUGAAAUUACCUUUGGUGUUCAAAGAUGUCAGCAAACGUGUUGGCAAUCAAAAUAGACUGAAUAAUGUUUCCUUUAUGGUCCAGCCACGUGAAGUUUUUGGCAUUGUAGGCAUGCGACAUUCGGGAAAAUCGGAGAUCAUUUCAAUGACUGUGGGUGCCGAGAGCAUCACGAGUGGCGACAUCUAUGUGGCGGGCAUCAGUGUGCGUCAGAGGCCCAAGGAGACUUAUACGCAUCUCGGCUAUUGUCCCGGUGGCAAUGCUUUACUUGGUUACAUGUCUGUCAGGGAAAUAUUGCGUUUCUAUUGUCUGUUGAAUGGGCGGAAAGUAGAGUUGGUGCCAACGAUUAUUGACAAUCUGUGCGAUGCCUUGAAUCUCAAUAAGUAUAUGCACACACGCAUAGAUCGAUUGGGUUUCUCCCAAAGACGAAAACUGACUGUGGGCAUCUCAGUGUUGUCCAGCACAAAUACUGUGAUGAUGGAGGAACCAACGCGGGGUAUGGGACAGUGGAGCAAGGUGGCCACGUGGCAGCUGAUACGCAUUCUGAAGCACAUUGGUCGCACGGUUGUUAUGGCCACCGAGGACUUUGAUGAGGCCAUCGAACUGUGCGAUACAAUCGCUUAUCUAGCCAAUGGCUCGCUGCGCAGCAUUGGCACCGUGGAUCAAUUGACGAGCCUUCAUUCGCGUGGCUGCCUCGUGGAAAUGAAGGUGAUCAAAGUGAUUUAUACACGGCAUCGUAGCGUUGAUCCGUAUGUCAGUCUCUUGGGUUCAAGUUACUUCGAGGAGAAUAGCAGCCACAGCGAAGAUGAGGCGGAACGACGUCGACGCGGUAACUACAGCUUUUCCAGCGACGAGAAUGAUUCGUGGCACACUAAGGCAAUGAGGCAUCAGGAUGCUGCCAGUUUCAUGGAGGCGGAGUUGCCAAUGGCCGAGCUGCGUGGCAGCUACGAUCAGCAUCGUGUCUACUAUAUACCUUUCGAAGCUAUUCCAUUGUCGAGCGUGUUCAGAGCCAUGGCUGCGGUUCAAGUGGAGCUGGAUGUGUACAGCUAUCGCAUCACUUGCACAUCGCUCUCCGAGAUAUACGAAUCAAGCUCAAGGCAACAUGUGCGGCAUUUUGAUAGAAAGUAAACUUUAAC